CCCAAUCCUCUCCCCAUGUCCCCUGCCUGUCACAGCCCUACCCAGCCCAGCCUCCCGGUCCAGGCAGCAUAUAUAUAUGAGCAGCAGCUGCUCCUGCAUGGAGGUCAGACAUCUUUCUGUACUGAGAGAGUGAUCACAGCUGCACAGAACCCCACUCAUUUUAUUCAGGAUUUAAGAGAACAGAUCUGUUGCUACAGAAAACUGAACCAAUCACAGAUGGAGCUUCUGACAACCGCCCUCGUCAUCGUCCUUCUUACGACAGCAUCCGCUAAGCCGAUUGGUCGGCGUCGGCAUUAUGAUGCUGACAUCACUGAGAACGACCGGUUACAGGGAUUGUCAGGCAGGAAUUACUGGUGGUAUCAGUCUUCCAGCCCCGAAGACUCUUCUUCAGAUUCGGAUCAGUCACUGGAUUCACGGGAAUCUAGUCAAUCUUCAGAAAGUCAGUCCUCAGAAAGUCAGUCUUCAGAAAGUCAGUCUUCAGAGGAGUCCUCCUCUGAGGAAGUUCUAAUCACCAAUCAGACAACACCGGUCAUGACCACCACUACCAAGACAACCAUCACCACAGGAGAAGGGAGUGCACUCACCCCUGAACCAGAAACAAUGGGCACGGAUGAGCCAACUGUAACACCCCCACCAGAAACAACAACCACACCUGUUGCUACUUCCCCCAGCAAUGUGACUAACUGUGUUACUGUUGAGAUUCCAACAGCAGCUCCAAUCACAGAAAACAGAGGAGACAACUAAGCAACUGGGAUUCCUGUUAACCGACAAAGAACAACUGAACACAUUCCUAUUAAACAUUUUAUUUUCAGCACAUUUUGAGUCUAGAAUUAAACUUCAGUUAUCAAUUCAAGAAGCAAAAGGGUUAACACAUUAGGACAGGUAUUCAGUGAGUGAUUGAAAUUAGAAGGUCAGCUAGACUAGCUAACUAACAGUAUCACAAAACCACCAAGAGGACUUCAAGGAAACUAAAGUAAGGGUCAUUACAUCAUAACACCUACGUUCUAAUGCUAUUUAGCGCCAGACUUUGGUGGCAGUCCUUCUGAAACCUAUGGCAGAUGCAUGAAGAAACACACUUAAACCCAGCAUAUAUACAUCAUAUAACCUUUGAAGAAGAACUGUCGCUGCCAAAAGAAAGAACACACUUCAAAGAAUAGAUUUUAGACUAACAGGCUCAGAAUUAAUUUAGUUGGUAGCUUUGCUUACAUGCUAACCUUACAUAUAACUGAUAACCUGUGAAACUGAGGGGGGAGAGAUAAAGGAGUGGUCUGCCGAUUCACCUCUACGCUAACUUUGCCAAGAGCUUUCAAGUGUGGCACCAUUGUGCGUUCAUGCAUGGUGACGUAAUGACCCUUCCUUCUUCCUUGGAUGAGUUGUAGCAAAAUGCACUUAAGAUGCACUUCGUUUAAUGACCACUAGAUGCAUGAUCCAAAAAUAUUAUGCUAAUUUAAUUUUUGUAAAUAGUUUGUUUUUCUGAUGCGUAUCUUUGUGGCAAGUUACUUUUCCAUCAGUAACAUAUUAUGGCUGAAAUGAAGGAGAGUUUUGGGUAAAUGCUUGAUUUAGCGUGCGUGUUUCUCAGCCUAUUGCAGUCAGCAGCAGAGGUUGCCUCUUACACAUCACAUAUCUUCUCCACCAAUUCCAAAUGUUAAUGUUCCAGUGACUCCAGUAACGGACAAAGAUCGCUAUAGAAAGACUGUGGCUCCACCCAUUUAGUUUCAACUCAACCAAUCAAGGAGCUCCACACGGCCCCAACCCUAGAAAUCCAUGCAAUUCUUGGUUAAGUUUGACAAGCAGCAGACACUUAACUAUAUUGAUAAUCAACAUAUAGAAAAAACAUGAUUUUGUUGAUUGACAGCAGAAACAAAACGUAUUGUCAGCCAUUGUUGUUUCUUUUGUGGUAAAGGUCCAGUGUGGAGGAUUUAGUUGCAUCUAGCAGUAAAGUUUCAGAUUCCAACUAAAUGAACACCACUCUGUAUUUAUAGACCUGGGAAUGAGAACAGGCUGUGUAGUGUGUAAGAAAGGCCCUAUCUACAGUCAGUGUUUGGUUUGUAUGUUCUGGGCUACUGUAGAAAUGAAAACAUAGUUAUGCACAUGAUAUGCAUAGCUAGAUUUUAAUGUCACAUUUCACACAGUUAUUAACACUAAUAUCUUCCUAACAUUCUAAUUAGGGACAUUCAAGGUGUAGUUUUAACACUACUGGUCAUUUGGAACCAAUAUAUCUGCUCAUAUAGUGCAUUAUAACAUUUUGCUUUACUAUACAUAUUGUUCUAUUUUGAUUUUAAAUGUACAUUCAGAUGUAUUAUUGAGAUUACACUGAUUGUUUUUUUUAUCAUUUGUUUGUUUCUGAUAUGACAUGAAGACCUGCAGUGUUUUAGCAAUCAAAUGGUGAUACUACAGAGACCAGACCACAGAUAUGUUGAUAUGUGGUCAUAUAACAUAAACAAAUCUCAGUCACGUUUACCUUUAAAGUAUUAACUGGUCAGACAAGUACAGGCAGGUGUAUUUCUCCCAGUGUGCCAAAUGGAGUCAAUUCCAGUGUAUCUGCAUAGAUCUGCUUUUGAAAUAAAGUAUUUAUUUUUAUGUUUUAUCCUUUACAAGGAUUCUCUUAUUUGUUGGCAUAAGCUUAUUAAAACAAGUAUAUUGGAAGACUGUCACCACAUAUCGCUGAAAAACCACUUUAGCAUGAAGCAUCCAGAGUAUGUAUCCCACAGCAGUGUGUUUAUAGACUGUAGAGGGUGUGUGCUGUUUGUCUUGUCAGCCCUUGCCUGUUGUCUGUAAAUGCUGAAUAAGACUGACAGAGUUAUUGGCACGGUGGGUUGCUUCAAUUAUGGGUUGUGAAUUCAUCUUUUCCCAAAUUAAAUAUAGCUUAGAGGCCUGAAGACAAUACCUUAAUGUUGUUGGUUUUGCUUCUGUUUAAACGUGUGUUGCGCUUUGUUUUGUUGAGCUGGAACUAAUGUGCGUGAUUGAAUGAGUUGUAACAGUAUUGAUGUUUCUUCUAAUGAAAAAUAAAGUAUCUUUAUUACACUGA